AACCAUAUCCAAUAUUCAAGUACAACAACACAUCACAAUGAUUCAUAGACAACUUAACUAUAGAAACUUCAAUCAGUCGACAUUAAAGGUUCAGCUACAACAAAUACAAAAUGUAGCAAUAACCAUCAAAUCAAUUCUCGAGCACUAUGACUAUACUUUACUACAAAGUAAAUAUAAUACUUCUACAGCAAAAAUGCUACAGCAUUGA